AGCUACAAUCAGCACAUCCUCACCUGAGGGCAAAAGGCUCACACUCAACAGAGGACCUGGACAUCAGUCCACACUUAAACUAAGACAGUGGGACAAAGCUGAGAGGAAGCCUCAGCACUGGAAAAGCUACCGAAUACACUUCAAACACUGCCAAGCGUUAAAGGAGCCUGAGCAUGGGGAGUCCAGGUUGUGAACACACAGGCUGCACCACACACUCGCCUUUCUACAUCACUCACUCCCACAAUAACUCCAGGGUGGCCUGGCUGGAUGAGGCAGAGGACAUCAAGCCACCCCGCAGUUUGUUGGGGCUCCCUGAGCUCAGCUGGCAGGGAGUUUACGUCCCCUGCUAUGACAGAUUAGUCAUAGAGGAGAACCCCUGGGUGACAGAGGCCCCCACUCCUGCCGCUCCUCCCUCCAGGACUCCAGAGAGGAGCCCACCUGCACCCAACCAAGCACAGGAUUCCUCCUCUGAGGUGGAGGGUCAGGUGGAGGAGCGCUGUCUGGAGCAAGUGCAGACUAUGGUGGUGGGAGAGGUGCUGAAAGAUGUCGACACAGCCUGCAAGCUGCUCAACAUUGCACCAGACCCCUUGGACUGGAGCUGUGUGCACGUUCAGAAGUGGCUGCUCUGGACCGAGCACCUGUACAGGCUGCCACAGGUCUGCACGAUGUUUCAGGAGCUGACAGGGAGGAAUCUGUGCUCCAUGACAGAAGCAGACUUCAGACAACGCUCCUUGCAGUUUGGAGAUGUGUUGUAUGCUCAUUUGGACAUCUGGAGAUCUGCUGCAGCAAUGAAGGAGCGCCGCCCACCAGAAGACAGCAAAUCUGCUAAUGAUGACUCCUGGUCAGAUGUGAUGUCUAACUACCCCAGCCAGCCCAUCCACUUGUGGCAGUUCCUUCAAGAGCUGCUCCUCAAGCCACAUAACUACAGCCGCUGCAUCCGCUGGCUCAACAAAGAGAAAGGAAUUUUCAAAAUAGAAGACUCCGCUCAUGUGGCCAGGCUAUGGGGCAUCAGGAAGAACCGCCCGGCUAUGAACUAUGACAAACUAAGUCGCUCUAUACGGCAGUACUACAAGAAGGGAAUCAUUCGAAAGCCCGAUGUAUCCCGCAGACUGGUCUACCAGUUCGUUAACCCCGUAUGAUGAUCAGAAGACAAUGAGCACAGGGCCAACCAAAGAUAUGCUGGGCAUACAGUAGAAAUAACAUGAACUCUGAAGCUCAUUUGUAUAUUGUAUUUGAUGUUUCAUGUUAAUUGUAAAGACUGCCUACUGAAACAUGCA